GUUUUGAAUUUCGAAUUAAACAGAUUUCUGUUGUUGGUAUUAAUAAUAAGACUCUUAGUCAAAUUUACAAGUUUCUCUAUCUCAUCCAGCAGUUAAUUGUUACCAAAGUCUGUAUCAUUGAAAAAAGAAUAGAAAAUGAUAAAAAAAUAUCUGGCUUAACUUCACUUAAUUGUUUUGCUUGUUUUUUUGCUA